UUUAAUAUUUGCUAUAACACUAAAGUUACUCAGCUACUGUUUUUCCUUACUUUAGCGUUCAUGAAAAAUGAAAUGCUAUUAUUCUUCUCUGUCGACUUGCUUAAAGCCUCUUUGCCUUCAGUGAAUGGCUCUGGUCUUAUUUGUGGCAAUAUUGUUGUACUAGAUCUCUGUCAGCACACUGUGUUUUUGGUGGUGUGCUGGAUAACACGUUUAUUAGAGGCUUGUGGGAUACAAAAUCUCUUACACAGCAACUCCUGCAGUACUUAGCUUCAGUUUAGACAUCUGAAUCUGCAUCUUUCACUGAAUUCCAGACCAAGCUCUAUAGCAAAACUGGUGGCAAAAGACAUCGUAGCGGUCUACCUGAACCCGGAUACAGCCUGGGGAGGCACCAGCACGAUGGGGCAUGGAUCUUACCGGCAGGGAUGAAUGCAGUGAUCUUGUCCAGCUGCCCUCGUGUCCUUUGUCACAGCACAGUGCAAAUGAACUCAGACGCCGCUGCUCUGGCAUUAAUGAUCCACUGGUCACAGUUUAGGAGAUACUGUGAAAUACACAACAUGAUAACGAUGGAUAAACCCCAUUUGCUGUAAUUGUUUUGCACAUUUAAGACAUUUGCCAAAUAAGAGAAAGAGUUUAUGGAUUUUUAUGGUUAAUUACUUACUUAAAUUUCUGUUGUAAGAUAACUAAUAUCUAGAAGAGCAAUAUAGUCUUCGGGGGGGGGGGUGGGUGGGAGGAGAAAAACUAUGUACUUAGGAGCCUGUAAAAUGGACUAGAUUUAGCUUGGCAACAUUUUUGAAACACUUUUACACUUUGUCCAUUUUACUGUUAGAAUAAAAAUUAUGUGGUCUCAGCCUGGCAGAUGUUUACUUGUAUGCCUAAAAUUGAAAUCAGAAGUAUUAACAGCGUGUAUCCAUGUUUGCAGGUUUGGACCCGAGAUUUUUUUGGGGGCUUUUUACCUCUUUAGAGUUGAAAAGGAAGAUGAACUUAGUUUAAACAAAGAGAAGGUGCUGUUUAUUCCCCCUCCAUCCCAGCACAGUCUGCACACUGUUAGAAAAUUGAGGUUUUGUGUUCUAGAAGCUGUAACAGUGUUUCUGCUAACACUGUAUUGAUCCAAUGCAUGCUAUGGCAGCUUCACAGGUGGAGUAUGAGUAACAGGAAAGUAGUACCUAUUCUGUAAACAAGCCUCCUGCUUCUUAAGAAAAAAAGAAUCAAACCUGCCCACCUUCCAAAAAAAGUCAACUCAAGAUUUUCAGUCAGUUCCUUUCAUUGAAGAUUUUUUUGUUCUUAGAAUUAGUAGUGGAGCUCUUCUAAUUUCAAAACCUGUUUUUAGCCUAACUUCCUAAAGAAAUGAGGCCUAAGCAAUCUAUUUUGUCUUUGUCUGCUUAUCUUCUUGUCCCCCUCUUCUUCCAGAACCUUUUGUUGCUUGAUGUCAGCCAAACUAGACAAGCACAAAUCUCGGAGAGAAACAUGUUUCCACAAGCUUUGUGAAAACUGGCUUUCAGAUCAGAGCUUCGUUAGGGUGCCAGAGCUAGUGUUGGGGUCAGCCACGGACCAUGGUGUUUGCUGGCAGUUGUGCGGAGCAGAUUGAGGGAUAUAGUGGGAGCAUCUACCAACUGGAGGGAUCAUGUGCAAGCAAUGCAAGAAAGAAAAGCGCUUCAUACUUUACUGGCAAAACGGCAGGAAGAUCUCCCUCCUAGGAGAAUGAAGGAUAGCUACUUGGAAGUUAUUCUACCUCUAGGAAGUCAACCUGAAAUAAGAGAAAAGUACCUGAAUGUACACAACAGUGUAAGGUUUGGAAGGAUACUUGAAGAUCUUGACAGUUUAGGAGUUCUUAUUUGCUACACUCACACCAAGCAGGAAACGCAGCCAAGGUCUCCCUUAUCAAUAGUUACAGCUCUGGUGGAUAAAAUCAAUUUGUGCAAGAAGAUUAUAUAUCCAGACUGUGACAUCAAAUUCACAGGCAAUGUUUCUUGGGUUGGGAGGACGUCCAUGGAAGUGAAGAUGCACAUGCUGCAGCUGCAUGGUGGUGAUUACAGCCCAGUGUUAGAUGCAACCUUUGUCAUGGUGGCCCGGGAUCCAGAGAAUAAACGGCCAGCAUUUGUUAAUCCACUCAUUCCUGAGAGCCCUGAGGAAGAAGAAAUCUUCAAGCAAGGGGAAUUGAACAAGCUGAAGAGGAUUGAUUUCAGCACUGCUUCCUUACUGAAAAUGGCUCCCACUGCAGAAGAAAGAAACAUUGUUCAUGACAUAUUCCUUAAUACAUUGGACACAAGGACGGUAAGUUUCCGGAGUCGUAAAUUACCACCCAAUUCAGUGUGGAUGGAAGAUGCAAAGCUAAAAGGCCUACAGAUUUGCCAUCCUCAGGAACGGAACAUCUUCAAUAGGAUCUUUGGGGGUUUUCUCAUGAGAAAGGCAUUUGAACUAGGAUGGGCAACUGCUUGCAGCUAUGGGAGUUCCAGACCUUUUAUUGUAUCCGUUGACGAUAUCAUGUUUCAGAGGCCAGUUGAGGUUGGGUCCUUAUUACUGCUUUCUGCACAGGUCUGUUACACAGAAAAAAACUACAUCCAGGUUCGAGUACACAGUGAGGUUUAUGAUGCAGAUACCAGGGAGCACCAUACAACCAAUAUCUUCCAUUUUACAUUUAUAUCAGAAAAUGAGGUCCCACGGGUCAUCCCCAAAACUUAUGGAGAGUCCAUGUUGUAUUUAGAUGGAAAGCGACACUUUGCUGCCAUCAUGAAAGACAUCUGACACACAUUGAACACUGCAUCAGCAGUGUAGCAGCAUGCUGUCUUGGAAGGAGUUGUCACCAGAGGUGGCUGACAGACAGGUGCUUACAAUACUAAAAAAACCCAGCCCAGAACAAAACACCAAACCCCGCAACAAAAAAACCCUUUUAAGUGCUAUUUAUGUAUUUGCAUAUAUUUGGAUUUUUAUUCUCUGCUACUAGGAUUUGUUGAAAUCUACUUUUACACACCGAUGCUAGGAAAAAAGGCUGAAAAGAUGCAAUCUUAAGCAUUAGAUAGCUUCUCUUUGUCUGCUUUGAGAGAUCUCGUUACAACCUUUGCUGUCUUGUCACCAUCUACCUUCUUUCCCUUAGUAGCUCUCCUUUGUGUUUCCCUGAUAAGGGAUAGAAGUUCUAUCAGAAAAAUGUGUGCAAUAAGUAGAUACACACAGAUGAAGCCAUUUGACCUACAUUCUUGUGUAAAUUAGGCUUAGGGUCAUCUUUUUUUUUUUUUUAACAAGGACAGAUGCAUCUGGGCAGCAGCAUAAGCUCAGGAGUUACUAGUGUAUGCACAAUGUAAAGCAGGUGUUUCCCAUUAGCUGGGAUUUUACAAGGUGUUUGCAGCUUCUGUUUUGGAUGGUUUCAUGUUCCCAUGGGAAGAAACUGAUUUUUGCAAUGAAAUGAGGUGGCCAGAUGGUCUCUUCUGGCAUUCUGUUUGUGUACAGCCAGUCCUUGCCAGCCUCUUCUAACUUUUUUUUUUAUAUAUAACCGUGAGUUCCUUAAUGAAUUAUUUCUCAUGGCCUGUAGAGUAGAGAUCUGAUUGGUGAGAUUGGGUGGGACUGGGAAAUGGCACUGUAGAACAGAAUGUUUUGGUUUGUUAGGGAUUGGGAGCAGAAAAGGUAAAAUGCUGCUAAAAUGGUAAUGGUUAUGUUUGGUGCUGGAGUUAGGGGUCCAGACAAUCUGUGUUGAGCUGCUCCCAAAUCAGCUGCUGAAUGGUGGGAGGAUUUUUAUCCUACUGAGGGGUGGUACAGCUAGAGGACAGCCUCCUCAGCUGGAUUAUUUGUCUGGUUCCUUGGUAGACUGUAAUGAAAUGCGAGUAUUGCACAGCUUUAAAGGUUGUCAAGUUUACCUGUGAAGGACAGUAAUUCCCCCCCCCCAGAGGGGACACCAUGGUGGAUGUAACUAUGGCAUAUAAGUAACAGGAAGAAAGUACUUGAUACUGAAGUGCUUCUGAUGUAGUGGAAAAAGUUUUAAUAAUCUCCAAUAUCUGGCAGAUAAAGCCCAACAUCCUGAAAUUAGGAAGGUGAGUGGAUGGGAGGCAUCAACUUUUAGCAGUGAGGGUGAUUAGUCAUAAGCACAAAAUGGGACCUCUGAUACCUUCAGAUCAAGACCGAUAUCCUGUCUGAUCAAGACACCCAAAGAGGAGUAAUGGUGGGUUAAAUGGAUUGAAUAUGUCUUAUAAUACAUGAGAAUAGACUCUGGCUUCCCUGCUAGGUUUAAAAUCUUUUGAAAUCAGGAAGCAGCGAGUAGAAAUUAUGUGAAUCAGCACAGAUGCACAAAACAGGUUGAUAAAAUAAAGCAACAUGUUGCAGUUUUAUUUCUGAGUAAGAAAGUUUGAGAAAUUCACAACUAGGACCAGCUUCCUUUGGUGCUAGGAUAGCAUGAAGUUCAUGGCUCCUAACAGCUGACUGCUAUUCACCUGAGGAGAGUAAGCAUUGUAAUAACCAGCGUGUUAUAUAUCAGCCUUUCCUUUCUAAGAUUUGGCUGCCUUUAUUUGUAAGUUAGAUAGCUUUCCAGUGGAGGCACAGGGGUGUUGCCUGUUACAAUCUUUAAUGGUUAUGACACUGUGGAUAUAUAUUGUAUUUUCUGGUUUUCUUCUUUUUAAAACUCUUUGGAGGCUGAAUAUACUUGACUGACCACACAAAUAAAGAACUGAAACUCUAUCCCAGCUUCUUCCCCCCUUGCUGCGUGGAUCACUGUUGGCUGUUAAAAAAUCAGUAGGAAGGCAGGAAGUGGAGGGAUCUAGCUCAGAACUAUCUACUACUCCUGACUACCUGCAGGUUUUUAUCAUUGACUCAGUGGUCCUACCUGGGUCGCUUUUGUAUAAUGCUUGUAAGUUAAGGGAAUACCAAGUUCUUCCUCUACUGCCUUUUCAGCUGUAUUUAAAGAUGAAUUUAUCAUAAUUUCUAAAUUCAGCCUUUGGGAAGGGAUUGGAGAGGAGAAAAAGAGGUAAUAGAGUAGGGAACAAGGCAUGACAUCAGAACAGUGCAGAAAACAGUGCAGGGCACAGUGAAGAAAAUGAAUACCGCAAAUGACAAUGCUUAGAAGAGUUAGUGUGUUUUCAAAGUUCAUGAUAACUUAAUCACGUACCACAAUCACACUAGUUAUAGAAAUGUAUGUACAGUCAUACAGAAUGUGUGUGUGUGUAUAAAUAUAUACACAUAUGUAAAAGAUAUAAAAUAUAUAUAGUAGUAAACAGAAAGACAGAAUAUGUGCUGACAUUUUUAACUGCGAGAAGGUAACUCCAAGUUGUCGCCCUCUCUGAUAACAGGCUAAAUGUAUCUUUGUUCAAGGGUAUUAUUUAUGUACGUCGCUGUAUACCUUUGUGUGUGAGAUAAAAUUGUUCUUGGAUCUCACAUUCAGAAUUAAAAUAUUUUAACAUAGUAAUUAAUGUUGAGUUUAUGUUGCAACUUAAUGACCAACCCGGCACUGCUAUAAGUGACGAACCAUUACCACGCAAGCCUAAAGGUAUUGGUAGAAAAUCUUUUUAUUUAUGGUGAACCUAUCUAUGUGAUUGGCUGUGGCUCUGUAGUGGAAAGUAAAUGUUUCUGUGCCCAUCGCGUCUUGGAAUACAACGAGGAGGAGGAAGUCUGCGGUAGCGGGAUUGCCUCCCAUAACCCUCUAACUUAAUGGUGUUACAAAAGGAGAUUUCUGUGGGACUGGCUGAGCUCAGUGCCUGGAAAAGCGCUUUGUUUUAAAUAUUUUUAUUUUUCUGUGGUUUUAAAAAAAUAUAUAAUUAAAAUUACUUACUCAAACUUA